AUGGCACCCAAUGCCGAAGCAAACCCGACGAUUGCGGCACGCGGACGCCAGCGUGCUGCCUGUGAUGAGUGCCGACGCCGCAAGUUGCGCUGCGAUGGGCAGCAACCACAAUGUAGUGUCUGUCAAGAGACGGGAGUUGUAUGUGAGGUGACGCAGCGAGCUGUCCGAGGACCGAAGAAAGGUCACCUGAGGGCCCUGAAAAAUCGACUCGUGCACCUAGAGGCUAUGUUGGAGAGCCGUGUCCCGGCCCAGCAGCGACAACAGGAGCUCCUCGAUAAUACCCGAUGCAGCAACGAGCCAACGCUCUCCGCAUCACCCGUAGAAGUGGCUGGCACCGCUGCGGUUGAUCCUACAGGGCCAUGGCUGCCAGAUACGAGAGCGUCCUCCGCGUCGGAGAGUGCGGCGUUCUUACCUAGUGGCGUCCUGCCUGACUUACUAGCUUCGUUGUCCCAUGAAGUACCGUGUUCCUCAACGCUGCCCGUACCUAACACCUGUACUCCUCCCACGGAUGUCUUACAGGCCGAACUAGACCAGCUCUAUUUAGAUCGCGUGCACCAGUCAAUACCUAUUCUUCAUCAGCGGCGGUACUUGUCAUGGUCCAAAUCCAGUACCAAGACGAUGCCGCGUAGAUGCUUGCAGUAUGCCAUGUGGACUCUGGCCUCGCUGUUGUCGGCCCAGUUCCGCGACAUGAUAGAGCCAUUCUACAGGGAGACCAAGCAGAUGCUAGAAAAUCUUAGUGCCGAGGGCGAUGAUCACAGCAGUGUCGGCGUAGAACUCGCUCAGGCGUGGGUGCUUCUCGUGGUAUUUGAGUCGAUGCGAAGCUAUCAUCGACAGGCAUGGAUGAGCGCCGGUCGGGCAUUCCGCCUGGUGCAGGCCAUGCACUAUCAUGAAAUUGACAGUCCUAAUGACAAACAUGACACGUCUUCCUCGAAACGUGGAGACUUCAUUGAGGUCGAGGAACGUCGCCGGGUGUUCUGGAUGGCCUACUUUCUUGAUCAUAUCAUUAGCAUACGCGAUGACUGGCCCAUCACGCUGAAUGAACAUGUGAUAUGCACCCGGCUUCCAGCUUCAGAUACCGGGUUCCAGAGCGGGCACCAUGAGCUAGGACCCUUCCUAUCCGAAGCCAUGACUGAGCCUACUCUCAAAGUACGGUCUUCAUUCAACGAGUGUCUCAUCCUGGCCACUAUUUGUGGGCGUAGCCUGCUUCAGAGCCAACGGUACCACAUAUCCAAGGCGUACGGAGACAUGGUAUUAGGCUGGACAGAGCAGCGUCGGUGGCUGGAUAGCCUCCUGACAUCCAGGCUCCAGGCCAUAUUGCAAUGCUAUCCAUCACCGACUGAAGCAUAUGACCCUCUGCUACUAUUUGCCAGCAUCCUUGGCCAAGCUACAGUUGUCUACUUCUGCAAAGCCAUGGCCGGGUCAGUGGCAACGCCCGUCGACCCACUGCUGGGAAACAGCGAAUUGUCCAACUAUCAAAAUCGCGCCUUGGAAGCUUCUGCGACUCUCAUCCAUCUCGCCACGACGCUGCGCGAGCUACCCUUCUCUAAGAUCCAUCCGUUAAUGCCUAUGCCCCUAUUUAUUUGCGCCGAGUUUCUCUACGACAAUAUCCAUAAUGGUGAAUCUUUUAGACUGCAUCUCCAGGAGCUAUUUCACAUCUUCCGCGAGCUGAAGAACAUCAAUAAUCACCAACAAAGCUACUUGGAUCUACUACCGCAGUCGUGUAUAUCCAAAACCAACGAACUAUUUAAAUAUACUAUCAAUGGAGCAAUCUAA